AUGCCUUUACUGGAGCCAAUCACCCCGAGGAGAAACGAGUCUGUGGACUCAGGUUCCGACGACGAAGCGGAUCCAGAGCUGCUCGAGCUACUGCGCCAGCAUCUCGGAUUGAGCGGUAAACAAAACAAGAAUCUUCCGCCCGAGACCAAGGUACUUGAGAAUGCUCAAUAUAUUUUCGACAAUGCCAUUGACGUGGCUCUCAACCCGGCCCAGACCAAGGAGGCUGCCGAAACGAUAUGGCGGUUGAUGCAGAAGAAGGCCUAUUCUACGCAGACGUGGUCGGAGCAUGAGCUUCACCCGAAGACCAAGGAUGAGAGUACGGUUGAUUUUAUCUUUACGAUGGAUCUCUUGAACUUUAGCUUUUGGUCUGAGGAGACCGAUGAGUCGAAGCGGUUUUCGAUUGAGUAUAGGGGGAGGCGGUGGACCGGGUAUUGGAGCCUGGUAGCUGCUCUGCAGAGGGCUCUUGAUGAGGAUAUUCCAAUUACCACCCCAGACUUCUGGGUGAAUGAGGAGGAGUGUACGGACGAGGUACUCCGACACGUCUUCCGCUCCGCCACGGACGAAGAAAUUCCUCUAUUCAAGGAGCGAGUACAGUGCUUGCGCGAGGCUGGCGAUGUUCUCUGCAACGAGUUCGGAGGUAGCUUUGCCAACUGCAUCGACAGCGCCAACUACUCUGCCGCCAGUCUUGUCAAUCUCAUCACCGAGAGCUUCGACUGCUUCCGUGAUGAAACCGUCUUCAACGGAAAGAGAGUUCGACUGUAUAAGCGCGCCCAAAUCCUCGUUGCAGACCUCUGGGCCUGCUUCAACGGCGAAGACUUUGGCGAGUUCCACGAUAUUGAUAAAAUCACCAUGUUUGCCGACUACCGUAUUCCCCAGAUGCUGCAUCAACUCGGCUGCAUGCGCUACUCUCCAUCCCUGGAAUCUCACAUCCGCAGCCUGAAGCCUAUCACCCCAGGGUCAAGCUGGGAGGUCGAACUUCGCGGUACCAGCAUCUGGUGUGUGGAGCUGAUCAAGCGGGAAAUCGAGAAACGACACCCAGAAGUCAAAUCAGCCGGCAAAAAGGGCGUUUUCAAACCCGUGGAAAACGACGACACAGACGUUCAGGACGGCGUCGAAAACAUCGAACAACCACAAAAGACGUACGGUAUCAACGCAAUCUUGAUCGACUUCUUUUUGUAUGAUACGAUGAAGACUCUAGAGCAGGAGAGGAACGAGAGUAUUCCGCACCAUCGGACUCGGAGCAUUUGGUAUUGA